CACACACACACACACACACACACACACGAUACUUUAUUACAUAACGACAUGUAAUGUCAACAUUUGAACCUUGCUAUCGUCUCAUCACACCUUCUUCCUUUUUUUUUUUUUUUUCUCAUGGACGAAUGGUCAGGGUUUACAAAUGAUAUAACGGCUAUUCCGGUAUGCCAUCGAAACGAACAAGGUAUUUCGUCCGAUUACUACCAUCCUUUCCGCGUUACGUACGCAUUGUAUUUUUACAGCUCGCGACUAUGAUGGCCCCUAAGUCCGCCAUCUCCGUUAGAUAGAGGGUCGAUUGAUUGGUAUAUCCAGCACUGAAGAGAUGGAAAGAGCUGUCUCAGCCCCCCCGAACGCUAUGCGGCGUGUAGGUAAUUGUACAUAUAACCGCGUUAGAUAUCAUGACAUCUCACAUAACGUACCAAAAUAUGGCAUACAUCAUGCCAAACGGUUCGUGUUCGCCCCGAUGGACCCGAGCAAGUGGAUAGUUAUUUAACUUGAUAAUCGUUAUUUGAUGUUGAGAAGCAGAGAGAGAGAGAGGUGCAGUGCAUGGCAUGAUGCGGCUCAUAUAGAUAGCCCAAUGACUUCAUACACCGCUACUCUUGUAUUAUUCUUUCAUUUAUUUCGAAUGACCAACGCUUUCUAUCUGACUCAGCCGAUACUGUUUAUUAUCUUCAACAAGAGAGGGGAAGUAGCGAAUCAAUGGGAUGGGACCUCCUUAUCGACAGACGACGGCGAUUCUGGGGGAGACACCAAAUGCACAUGUAGAUGUGCCAAUAUCUGCUGUCUUUAUAGCACUAUAUGUCGUCGGUGCGGCGGCUCACAUGGCACGGUUCCGCAUCAAUCUAAGUCGGGGACACAAAUUCUUGCCCUCGGCAGCUACCUUUGGGUUCUGCAUGACACGUAUUGCUGCCAAUUCGCUUCGGAUUGCGUGGGGAGUCCAUCCCGCAGAUGUCCCGCUCAGUAUUGCGGCACAGAUAUUCGUGGCUGCUGGGGUCGUCAUCUUAUUCAUUCUCAAUCUGCUCUAUGCACAGCGUAUUCUCCGCGCUGUGCACCCGGUAGUUGGAUGGUCUGGGCCCUUUUCAUACGCAUUGAGGGCUGUCUACGUCCUCAUCAUACUCACCCUGAUCAUGGUCAUCACCGUGACCGUGCAGAGCUUCUAUACCUUAGACACCCAUACCCGCUUGAUCGACGCUGAUAUUCUCCGCUAUGGGACGUCGCUCUUCGCGACGGUUGCGUCUCUACCUUUCGCUAUAAUAGCCUAUGUCGCAAUAGCCCCUCGAAACAAGGAGAUGGAGGACCAUUUUGGGCAAGGAUCGUUGAAAGCAAAGUGCCUGAUUGUCACCACCGCCGCUGCUCUCCUUUCGCUUGGGGCCUGGUUCCGUGCCGGUAUCAACUACGAAUCUCCACGACCAGUUGGUGACCCGGCCUGGUACCACUCCAAGGCGUGUUUCUACAUUUUCAAUUUCUCUGUAGAGAUCAUUGUUGUAUAUCUUUAUCUCCUAUCGCGGGUCGAUCUACGCUUCCACGUGCCGGAUGGAAGCUCUAAAAGGAGACACUACGGCAUUCCUGCUUCGAUGUUCGAGCAAGAUAAUGUGGAGGGGCAACAUUGGACACAGCUCAGGGGCGAAUCGGGCGGUGACUCGGAAGGUCCAUCUUUUCAAAUGUUAGAUGUACCUAUUAGUAGAUUUUAGGCUAUGACUAGAUACUGGGCGGUAUUCACGAGUUGAAAGUAUAGGCGUAGACAAAAGUAAGG